ACUAGCAACUCCCUUUGCCACAAACUUGUUUUUUUUUUCUUUAAAAACAUCUAAAAAGAUAUUUGACGACUAUUUACAGUUAACUACUGAGUCAUCAUUAGAGAACAGACUAAAAAGAAAUUUAACGUAUCCCAGUGCGAAACAGUUAUGGAUAACGAAAGCAAUCAGACAAAUGUGAUAAAAAUAUAUAGUAGCUUGCUUCUUCUAGCAGAGAUAUUAUUACUUAUUUUGCAAGUUGUAUAUUAUAUUUGCGAGGACAUAUGCAAAUUAAUCGUUCCACCGAAGAAAAAGAGCGUAACUGGUGAAAUUGUUUUGAUAACGGGUACAGGCCAUGGUAUUGGAAAGGAAUUAGCGAUUGGAUAUGCUUCGUUAGGAGCAACAGUAGUAUGUUGGGAUAUCAAUGAAGAAACCAACAAUCAGACUAUGAACGCUAUUAAAAGGAUGGGAAUGAACUCUGUGCAUGCGUAUCGAUGUAAUAUAGCAGAUAGGGAAGAAGUCUUCAGAGUAGCGGAAAAAGUAAAAAAAGAAGUGGGUGAUGUUUCUAUCUUGGUCAACAACGCUGGUAUAGGAAUUGUUAAAUCACUUCUAAAUCAAAGUUUCGAUGAAGUUACACGAGUCAUAAAUGUCAACGUGAUAGCGCAUUACUGGACAUUGCAAGCAUUCUUGCCAAGUAUGAUAGAAAAAAAUCACGGUCAUAUUGUGGCAAUUUCAUCAAUAAUAGGACUUUUUGGAUUUGGUCCUUACGGAACAACGUAUUGCCCUUCAAAAAGCGCGGUCAAAACCAUGAUGGAAGCUGUAUCUGAAGAAUUACGUGAAUUAAGUAAUGGAAAAUCAUCUAUUAAAUUUACUACUAUUUAUCCAGGCUUAGUGCUUACCGGAAUGCUUAAAAACCCAAAACUUAGAUUUCCAUGGUUAAUGGGAGGACAUUCACCGCAAAAAGUGGCUUCAAUAAUAAUUGACGCACAAAGACGGAAUUAUGAAAAUACAAGCAUACCUUCGUAUUGGCUGCCCAUUACUAAGAUAGUAAAAAUUUUACCCGAUAAAGCGUUGAAAUGCCUAGCAGACUUUCUCGAUUUCGGUGCUGAUCCAGAUGAUUUAACAACUGAGUCUUCAUCAGAACAGAUUGAAAAGAAAUUUAAUAUGUCUCACUACAAAACAAUUAUGGAUAGCAAAAACAGUCAGACAAUCGGGGUAAAAGCAUACAAUACUUUACUUUUUCUAGCAGAGAUAUUGUUGCUUGUUUUGAAAAUUGUAUAUUACAUUUGUGAGACUGUAUACAGAUUAAUCGUCCCACCAAAGAAGAAAGACAUAGCUGGUGAAAUUGUUUUGAUAACAGGUGCAGGUCAUGGAAUUGGGAAAGAAUUAGCGAUUGGCUAUGCUUUGUUAGGAGCAACAGUCAUAUGUUGGGGUAAGAAUGAAGAAAACACCAACCAAACGAUGGACGAUAUUAAAAAGAUGGGAAUAGAUUCUGUAUAUGCAUAUCGAUGUGAUGUAGCAGAUAGGGAAGAAGUCUUCAGGGUGGCGGAGAAAGUAAAAAAAGAAGUGGGUGAUGUUACUAUCUUGAUCAACAAUGCCGGGAUAGGACUUUUUAAACCAUUCUUAAAUCAAAGUUUCGAUGAAAUUUCACGACUCACACACGUCAAUAUAAUGGGACAUUACUGGACAUUACAAGCAUUCUUGCCAAGUAUGAUAGAUAAAAAUCACGGUCAUGUUGUGGCAGUUUCGUCAAUAGGAGGACUUUUUGGAGCUCCUUAUGCAACGACCUAUUGCGCUACAAAAUUCGCAGUCGGAGCAAUUAUGGAAGCUGUAUCUGAAGAAUUACGUGUAUUAAGUAAUGGAAAAUCAUCUAUAAAAUUCACUACUAUUUAUCCGGGCUUAGUGCAUACUGGACUGGUCAAAAAGCCAAAACUAAGGUUUCCAUGGUUAAUGGGAGGACAUUCACCACAGGAAGCAGCUUCGUUAAUAAUUGAUGCGCAAAGACGAAACUACGAUUAUAUAUCUACGCCAUUAUAUUGGAUGCCAAUUUUUAAGAUAGUAAGAAUUAUACCCUACAAAGCGUUGAAAAGUGUAUUCGUCUCUCUUGACUCCGGUGUUUAUCCACAUGAUUAAAAAAUUUCGACAUCCUGAACAAAUGUCUCCAUGGGCACAACCCCCAGAAAUCAACUCUUCACUUGCUCUCGAUUAUAAAUUCGGACCUUUGUAUAAUAAUUCGAUAACUCUACUUCGUGCUGCAUUGGGCAGUAAAACUAAUAACAAUUUUCUUAUAGUAAAACUUCGAGUUAUAAAUUACAGAUUCAAACUCAUAACAAUAUCUGUUUUUAUGUCAUAUGGAGAGAGAUAAGAAUACUAUUCUUAUGCAAUAAGAUCUUGAGUUAUAGAUAAGUUAAAAACUCGAAUUUUGAACAAAGACGUCUAUUCAUGCUAUAUGGAGAACAAACUGAAUGAACAAAAUAUAUUUUUUAUGUACAAUAGGAUUUCAAACUAUUGAACCUAUUAUAAAUGGUUCAACCUAUAUUGAGAUAAUCAUACAUACCUCAGCUCAAUUAAUAAUAAGUGUGACUUAUUGUUAGUCACAUAAGUGAUAUAUACGUAUGUUUUACUUUUAAUUUCCUUUUUAACUUUUUUAAUAAAAAUAAUAGAAAGAGAUAAUUUGUCUGUCUUGCCGUUAUCGCGCGCAUACUUGUCAAGCCCAUUCCGCGCCGCAUAGCAAAGUCACAUCAUCAAUCUCUGAUGUAACAAAGUUUCAUAAUUUGUGUAAUUCCCUUUCUCACAAAUUUGUUUUUUAUUUAAAAAUAUCAAAAAAUAAAGACUGAAAAUAAAAGUCUGAUCUCAGUUAAAUACUAAGUCUUCUUUCAUAACGAAGUCUUCAGGGUUAGUCCCAUUUACGAUCAAUUAAGUAUAUUGCGCAACAAGCAACUUUGCAAAAGAGUGAAUGGGUCUCUUUCGUCCUUGGCGUUUAGACUUGCGUAGUAGGGUGAAGUCAAUUUGAUGUUACAAUGUUUUAAAGCAUUUCAUUGACCAAUCAAAGAAUUUUACAAAUUAACCAAUCAGAAAAUACUUCAAGACAUUUGCGGCAUCAUCUUGACCAUAUUCAUGGUGGCAUUAUUGUACAUUCUCUAAUCCGCAGAGAGACAUUUUUGAAACUCGUGAACUCCCUCUCCCGUAAACUUUCUUUUACUUUAAAAACGUUUAAAAAUAAAAACUGUGUAUUUGAACCUUACUACUUCAGUUAACUACUGAGUUUUCAUCAGAAAAGACUGAAAAGAAAUUUAAUGUGUCUCUACUAUAAAACAGUUAUGGCUAACGAAAGCAGUCAGGUGCGUGAAAACGAAUUCUAUUUCUUUCUUGUAAUAAACACUAACUCUGUGUAAUAAACUCAAUUUUUAGUAACAAA